CGCUAGUAACCCCACUCGCUACAUGGAGAUAUACAAGCAAAUCAUGGCCGGGCAACCGCCGCCACCCCGACCAUCUGAAUAUCUCGCUGCGGCCAGCAAAAUUACUGACAUGCAAGGUUAGUGUAACUGUAAGGUGUACACUCGCUAGUAACCCCUCUAGCUACUUGGAAACCCCACUCGCUACAUGGAGAUAUACAAGCAAAUCAAGGUUAGUGUAACUGUAAGAUACAUACUCGCCAAUAACCCCACUUGCUACUUGGAAAUCCCGCCCGCUACAUGGAGAUGUACAGUAAGCUGCAGAGGCAAGUUACCCCUCCUGCUCAGAAGUUUGUUUGCCGGGGAGGGGCCGGGGGUUCUUUGCAACUUACUGUACAACCAAAUCAUGGGCAGCCACUGCCACUUCCACCACCUGAAUAUCUCGCCGUGGCCAGCAAAAUUACUGCCAUGCAAGGCUACGGUCCUCUCGGCUACGACAACAGAGGCGCAGAGGGCGGCAGCGUACACUCCGGCCGCUCGAGCGCCAACGGGCUGAAGGGAACUGACACGUACUAUGGAAGAUAUGACGCUUCGCUACGAGACGCGCCUUCGCUUCGCACUGAUCUCUCGGACAGAGAGUUGAACACCGACGCUUCCCUCAACCUGCAUCUGGAGGACUCCACGGUACGCUCCGAAAGGAUGACACCGUUCAAAUUCUCUACGGCUCAUGUAAAGGGCAACAUCUCAUCCCGCCACAUAGUUGUCGUCCGUCCGUCUUACCCCGUGGACGGUCUGCCCGCGACCGUCCAGAUCGUCUCGCUGUCUGCGUCGCUAGCCUCGGACCCCAGUGUGAGAGAGCUGGUUCAAUACCCCGGGCCGCUUGUCAAAGGAGUCACUCAUAAGAAAAGCGUGAUAGAAUACUGUGCGAGCCGCGUUCGAAACGCCGGAGGCCGCGACGACGUCAUCGGUUACGUGUUGCUCUGGCAGCUGUUAGCUUUGUUGCUCAAGCAAAAUGGGGUGGUGGUCGGUAUCGACAUCGCCGAGCUUCUGAUGAAGAACAAACGUGAUUAUGAAUUUAAUUCUAACCCAAAAACUACGCAACAAGCCGACGGUCGAGGAUCCAGCGUGUCAGAGGAAGACGUCACUGCAACACCCGCGACAGAGCAAACCCCAGCCGAAGAGCCUAGUAUCGCGCGGCCGAGCGGCAUCGAUGAAAAGGCCGCUUUGGACCAGCUGAGAGAAUAUCUGACUUACGGAAACAGGCAGGAAGCUAUCGAAUGGGCGAUGUCCCACAACCUGUGGGGCCAUGCCUUCCAGCUGUGCGCGCACGCGGACCGGCGCUCGCGCGCCGCCGUCGCCGCUCGCUUCGUGGCCGGCGUGCCGCGCAAUGAUCCGCUGCACACGCUUUACCAUACGCUUGCUGGUCGCCAACCUCCCGAGUCAGAGUGGGGUGACUGGCGUGCACACGCCGCCAUCAUACUGUCUAACACCUCGGCAAAACCGGAGAACGAAACGAGGACGCUUACGCAACUUGGUGACUCGCUCUCCUCUCGCGGUCUACUCUACUCCGCCCAGUUCUGCUACAUCUCCGCCCGCGUCCCGUUCUCCCGCCACCCCCUCGCCCCGUUCGCCCCGCCCCCCUCCGUGCCGACCUCUCCCCCUCGCCUCGCGCUCCUCCUCGCCGAUUCGAGGGCCGACUCGCUGAACCAACUCGCCACCAACGAGGCGAUAUUCGCUACGGAGAUUUACGAGUACGCGCUGUCGUUGAGUCAGGAUUAUUGUAUCGGUGAAUUGCAGGCGUACAAAUUCCUUCUGGCGUGCCGUCUAGUGGACGCCGGGGAGUACGAACGCGCAUUGGCGUAUACGGAGGCGCUAGCACGGGCCGUGACGCGUUCGCCGCGGGACUAUCCGCAGCAACUGGUGGCUCAGCUGUACCAGUUGGCGGACAGGCUCAAAUACCACGAUCCGGCACUACACGAAGACCCAUCCCUAGUAGAAGAGGGUGAACAGAGUGAACCUUCCCCACGACAUCAGCAAUGGCUUGAAGACGUCGCCGGGGUAGCACAAGUAUUAGAGGCGGAGGCGGAAGUGUCCAAACAGGCGACGCCCGUGCACCAGCCCCCGCCGGUCGAGAUGUACGCGCCGACACAGUACUCGUGGGAGCAGACACAACAGGCGCAACCACCGGAACCGUAUAACACGCAACCAUUGCAAUCGGCGUACCCGGAGCCCUACCAGCCCGAGCCCUAUCAGCCCGAGGAGCCCUACUACCCGCGCCAGCAGUCCGCGGAGUACGCGGACCCAGAGUACUGGCCGCAGGAGCAGUAUCAGUACGAGCCUCCGCGCGUAAGUACCCGCCGCGCCCCCACCGCCCGCGUCCCGCCCCGCACACUACACACCCUCCCCUCGUUCGACGAGUCGCUAGAAAUGAUCGAAUACCAUCGCUCGCCCGGCCUACGCAAACGCAUACACCCUAAGAACAAUACCGUCAAUGUAGGCUUCGAAACGAGAACGUCGCCAGGUAGGAUGAGGACUAUAUCGCGGGGAAGCAGUGAGUCUAGCGAUAGCAAAAAGAAACCUCUAUCCGACUUAGACAUACAGAUAGCGCAUAGCCCGCAACUAGGCGUUUCGGCCAACGAACCGACUAAAUCGCAAAUGUUCGAAGCUAACAGACGAGGACGUUACGGCAAAGUUAUAAGCAACACUGUAGACACUUGGGCGAGACAAACAAUCCACGUCCGCGACGGCACGUACAAACCUCUUAUAUUCGGCGGUACUUAUCCUAUCGAAGUACCUGCUUCACCGCCGGAAGAAAAAGAAAAACCGGUAAAGAAAGUACCUGUCGCUGAAGUAAAGGCUACUAUAGACCAAGCGACGCAUAGACGAGAAUUAAAAAAGACUAUCGAACGCAGUUUAGAUAGAUUCGAAGCGAUACUCGCCAAAAGGGAUCCCACCAAUAAAAGACAGGCGUUUUCGAAACGCAUUGUCAACACUUUCGAUAUAGACGAGCCGGUGAAUGUUGGUGAGACCAAAGAUGUCCUGAAAGACAAGGAUGCGAGAUACUACGUGUCGGGGCCGAAGACGUUUAACAUUGAUGAGCCUGUGGCGUUUAUUUAAGGUGCAGUGAGUUCACGUCCGAGCGCAGCUCAAUAAGCACUGACCACGGAUCAAAAAUAGAGUCAGACCAACACAAGUCUGCAACGAUUUGGAUAGCAAACGCAGUGGAAGUGUUAUUUAUACGUCAUAAUGUCUUUGACGUUUAAAAUAACUCUUGCACUUGCAUUUUUAGACGCAAAUUAUAUGUCAAUAGUCUUUUGUGCAAAAAUAGUUACAAAUUUUAAGUAGUGCGUUAUUAUUUAAUAAACUGCUGGCCGAAACCACUGCACCUUAAGUACCUUCGGGCUGUAAAAGCUGCAUCUGAUAAUGAUGAUUUUAUUACCGCCUGUACCCGUUAGUUUUCACGCUUACAAAUUUGGAAUAAUAUGAAUCAAAAAUGAAUAAUAAUUAUUUAAUUAUAGUAAGGACGUUAAGCACGAACAAUUUCGUACAUUGACACGUUAUUUCCAUAAUUAUAUUGCUGUCCCGCCGAUGUUGCCGCGGUCAAGGCCACCGUGUGAGUAGGAAAGCAAUAUAAUUAUGUGCGUGCGAUAGAGACAGGUAAUGGCGUGUCAAUGUACGAAAUUCUUCGUGCUUAACUUCUUUAAGUUAGUGUGCAUAGUGGUUAAAUUACAAUAGUUUUACAAUAAUAUAAAUUAAUGUGCAGCAAUGAGAAUCUCCGCUUUAUAUGGUAGUAUAUAAAUAAAAUGAAAUUAGUUCUAUAUUUUUUUGUCCGUG